CGUCUCAUCUUCCACCGAUACUCCGCCCGGAAAACGGUCAGCGCAACCUUUUAUAUCGAAUUCGCGUCCCGCCCUCGAAGCGCUUGCCGACGACUGGAGCCGCCUGACCGCAUCAUGGCGCCGUCUGGCGAUAAGCCUGCCAUCGAAGACGAUUGGCAACAGGUCGACGAUGCUGGGUCCGUGCACUCCUUGCCGCUCACCGACGACGCGGCGAGCGACAGCGACCUCGUCGACCUUGGGGAGCAGUCUGCUUCCGUUGAAACACUGAAGAAGAAAGUCUCGGGGCUACCGGGACCAACCAGCCAGCCACCUGGCAGCAAUAUAAUCGGAGCCCUAGACGUCGACGGACGUCCUUAUCCAGCAUUCACAUCAAGCCAGUCUGCGCCCCGUCGGAUGACGUUGAGACCUGCGGAAGCGCACGACGGUGCCGACCCCAGCAACAAACCUGCUGAGGAGGAUGGUGAAGAAGAAGAAGAAGAAGAUGAUGAUGAUGAAGAACCCGAUCACGUUCUCAACUUCGCACCCAAGCUUGCCAACCUGCGCUGUCGGCUCAACGACGUGACGCGCGACACUGAGGCAAACAUGACGAAUCGAAUCGAUUUCCAGACGCCGCUGAUUCGCAACAUCUACCAGUCGCUAUGUGCAAUCCGGGAGCAGAUGAAUGUACUUGGUCCCGUGGUACACGAUUGCGCCUGCUUUUAUCGCAUGCACCAUGGCGACAUGGACUCGGACGACCUGCCCUUGCAUGGCGAUCUUCCCUCCUGGACGGGCCAGUUGCAUGACUUUCUACUCACCUUUCAAAGCCAAGCUGAUGCGGUGGUCAGUGGGCGGUCCCAGAUCUUCGAGAUGCUGAGUGCUCUGGAGCAGCCCGACGAACAAUUGACCAUGCUCCGACAGACAAUGGAUGACUUCUUACCAUUAAUCGAGGCCGAUUUUGACGCGUUCAAAACAAAGUACAUGGGUUUCGACAAGCCUGAACCCAGGACGAACCGAGUCGUCUCCCGUGACGACAGCCAGACCGUCGCUGCUCUGCGCACAGCCUUCUAUCGGCUGCACGACGAGGUGCGGCAAACACUCGACCUCAUAGUAGAGAUCCACACGAGCAAGGGCAAUUCGGCCAUUGCGACCUCGGCGCCAUUGGUCAUCAGCUCCCUGUCUAACGUGCGGGAUGCCAUCAUGAACAUUGUCACCAACAACCCCUCGGAGUGGAUGGAGUCGGAUCUCAACACGUCUCGCAGGAUUCUGUCGUACCCUGCCUUCAUCUCGCUGUCGCCAGAAAUGCUAUCUGACGUGACAGACCAGCUCAAGCAAGUACGACAGCAGCUCGACGUGACGAAUGACCCAGACAUGGGACAGAGCUUUUCGCGCGAUGUUCUCCACGCGCACCAGGUCGUGCUUCUAACCGAGGGGGGGCAACUCGAGGAGCUGCAGUCGACUGCCAACUUUUUGGAAUCUUUGUUAGUACCGGGCGGCGGGUCUUGUUGAGCUUGGAUCAUCCGGAUUUGUUUGGGGGCUUGUUGAUCAUGAAGUGGGCGCAGCCAGAGUUGUCGCACCAGUACGGUGUUAGGGAUUUGACAUGAUGAUAUUUAUGAUGCGACAUGAGGAGAAGAAGUCGCAUACUUUGCCAUUCUUGGACCAGCUGCAAAAAGCACAUCACUUCGAAUUGUCGUGAUCCGUAUAAAUAUGUGCGUACUGUCCCAGACACUGAGACACGGUCCUUGCUGCUGAAACCUGGAGCGUCGGAGCUGCAGAGGUGCGGGAGUUGGGGACCCCACGAUCCGAAACUCACGACGAGGGUGUUACCGGGCCUCUGUCGAUCCGCUGGACUCCCAGACUUGAGGCUGUGGCUUUCUUUGCUUGUUGCUG